AUGCCAGUGUAUUCGUAAAUGGUAAAAUACUCCGUAACUCCAGUGGACUUUGACUGAGGUUUUAACCUUUUUGAAAGUUGUAAAUAGUAUUAAGACGAAUUUUAAAAUUAGAACUUAAAAUGUUUUCACCGUGCUCUAGGCACUUGUUUUUGUCUUCUCAGCUACGUCGUCUUCAAAGUACGUUGAUAGUAGCAGAACACAACAAUGAGUCGCUCUUACCAGCAACUCAAAAUGCCCUGAACGCUGCAAAGAAAAUCGGUGGAGAAGUUUCUGUGCUCGUUGCUGGUACCAAAUGUGGACCAGCCGCCGAAGCGAUUUCUAAAGCAGGUGGAGUGUCAAAAGUGUUGGUAGCAGAAAACGAGGCUUUUAAGGGCUUUACCUCUGAAUCGUUGACAUCUUUGAUAUUGGCCACUCAGAAGCAAUUCAACUUCACACAUAUAUUGGCACCAGCGACAGCAUUUGGCAAGGCCCUCCUACCUCGCGUUGCUGCCAAACUUGAUGUCUCACCCAUCACUGAUAUCAUUGGUGUUAAAGAUGCUAACACCUUUAUAAGGACAAUUUAUGCUGGUAAUGCAGUUUUAACCUUAGAGGCUAAGGAUCCCAUCAAGGUUAUCACGGUCAGAGGAACAGCAUUUCCAGCAGAACCUUUGGAAGGUGGUUCAGCGAGUGUGGAGAAGGCCCCCGAGGGAGAUUACAAAACUGAUCUCACUCAGUGGGUGUCACAGGAGAUAACGAAAUCUGAUCGGCCGGAAUUGACCAGUGCCAAGAAUAUUGUAUCUGGAGGUCGUGGUCUCAAGUCUGGUGAGAACUUCAAGCUCCUGUACGAUCUAGCUGAUAAGUUGAAUGCAGCUGUUGGGGCUUCCCGUGCUGCAGUUGACGCGGGCUUUGUACCCAACGACCUGCAGAUCGGUCAGACUGGAAAAAUUGUCGCUCCUGAUCUAUACAUAGCUGUUGGCAUCAGUGGAGCCAUUCAACAUCUGGCUGGUAUGAAGGACUCCAAGACCAUUGUUGCCAUCAAUAAAGACCCCGAAGCACCCAUCUUUCAGGUAUCUGACCUAGGUCUAGUUGCAGACUUAUUCAAGGCAGUCCCCGAACUUACUUCUAAGUUGUAAAUGUGUUGAUAAUAAAAAGUUUUAGAUGAGAUUUACUCUGAGUUUUGGAACAUUAUACUUCUAUAUAUGUUAUCCGAGAUAGGCGUGUUAACAGAUUAAAAAUAUAUGUAUUAUAA